CUUCCUUUCUACAUACGUCAUCCAGUUAUCCACAUGGGUAUAUCUGCUGAUAAUGACCGGAUGAAGAUGAAAUGUCCUUCUUCAAGUCUAGAAUAAAACCAUUUGGUAUUCAAGUUUUAAUUUCAAAACCUCAGAUCCGGAUCGUUUAUCGCUUUCUGUCUUCUGUCAAAGUCAAGCAACAGAAAGAAAACAAUGACAAACUCGAGAAAACCAACCAAGCAACUUAACCAAACCCCAAACCAAGCGAUUGAAACUCAGAAAGAUCUACUUGAACAACUUCCUGAUGAAAUCCUUCUUCAGAUCAUCCAAUACGUUUACGAUGCCCGGACCAAGACAAGAUCGGAGAAACUUAUCAGCAGAUGGACAAGCAGAUACACACCCUUGUAUCAGAAGAUCUAGAACCUCUACAUCUUUAUGAACAUAAGUCUGAAGCUCCGAUCAUAAGUAACUUUCAUUUAUUUUCCACUGUCAAUCGUAGAAUCCAUCUUCUCUGUCGGCCUUUUAUAUGGAAGUUCCUUGCAAUGCCUCGUGCAAUUUCUCGUCCAGCUUCUUUUUGGAAUCAGGAGAUUUUACCAAAAUAUGCAUGUUAUGUCAAAGAAUUUCAUGCCAUGUUGGAAAGUGAAUGGAUUCAAGAACCACUGGAUCCUCUUUCUCUGCGGGAUGCCUGGGACAAAGAUCAACAUUACUUUACCUUCCAGUCGUGCGAUUCAAACAAAUUCAAGCUUGUCAAGUGGAUCAAGGCCCAGGGCUGUGCCCCAUGGUACAAGCGCUUUAAGAUAGGUCCGUCAGUUGAACACAUCCAUCUCAACGACGAUAAUAUCGAGUCCCGGGUUUUACGCAGUCUCCUUAGAGUCAAAAUGGACAUUGUGCUACGCGAACGACAUGGUCUCCCUCGCAAAGACCUUUUCGGAAUGCUUCCUCAAUGUAACAACCUUACGAUGCUCUCUCUUGAAUUAUCGCAUCAUUGGAAUUCUAUUGUAUCAGAGAUGUUGAUCAACAAUCUGAGUGGCAAUUUGACUGCAUUGCUUUCCAAUCUUGGACAACUUCAACAUCUCAAGUAUCAAGGUCCUUUCUUUGGAUUCGUAGCUGCAGAGUCUAUCAUUGAGCCUAUCAGACAUCUUCCACUCCUCGAAUCACUCGAGCUCGCGAAUGUAUCAGUUACCGACUGGGAACGCACCGAUGGCCUUGCUAGGUCUCUUUCGAAUCUCAAAAACUUGAAGCACCUUGCUCUAAUGCACGUGGAUGUGAUAGACGACUCUUGGGGGCGUGAUCAUAAAGCUCCUCCCCAGUUAACCAAACUUGUGAUCCGUCACUAUCCCAAUCCUUGGUCAUUGAAUCUGCCAUCUUGCAUCAGCUCUUGGGCUCCUCACAUAACUGAUCUCGAGCUCAAAUUUGAUCAACACGAAUACCCUGAACCAAACGAAAUCUUACCUAACUUUGAUCCAGAAAUUCAUCAGUUUUCUCUACCGGCUUUGAGACAUUUGACCAUUUACCGUCAUUCCGCAUGCGAGACUUUUCACUGCUUCAAAGAUUGCCCAAAUCUCAUUCAUCUCAUAGUUCGUAAUCCUUCAAAAGACGGACUGUCUGAAUUUUCAAACUUUAUCAUUUGUGAUGUAUUUCCUAAGCUCAAGGAAAUCGUAAUGCCCGUGAAAUGUCUAGAUUCACCACCUGACCCGAGAUUGGAUCUUAAAUUGAAUCGAUUGGAAGAUUUUUGCAAGUUUAAAGGUAUUGACUUCAAGAUUGCUGAGGGUUUCAUACGACGACCGCUUUCUAUCCCGAAGAUCAAUGGUUGAGAUCAGAUCAGAUUGAAUCGAUGGUGUCUGUGGCGUACGACUCGCGUUGAACAUCACCUGAACACCAUUCCUGUCUUUAAAUGUUACCUUUAUGUCAUACUUGUUACUUAUCUUCACAAUGUCUCAUGAAUCAAUGUGCUGGCCUUUUGAUUUUCUCCACUAUGUGUUUGUUUAGGAACUUUUUCAUCUUGUACGCGGCUAGUUCUUUAUUAAAUAGAUUUGUAAAUCAUCCAAAACCUUGUCCUUCUGAUUUAAAUGUUUUCCAAACUCUUGUAAUGUCAAACCAAGUUAUAAAAUAGUUGGGGAUCUUGGAACGCCAAACACAAGAUCUGUUCCAAGAGUAGACUCAUUACGAUUAGUCUUCAUCAUUAUUGUUAUCUCUGUUAUGUAUCAAUCGGUAUAAUCACAUUUAUUACCAGCCUAAAGUAAUGCAGAAAAAUAUAGACCUUUUCCUUCAUUGUC